GGAAAAGUGUAAGUGUAUCUUAGGAUAGAAAUUAAAAGGUUAGGGGUUCUUAAAUAAGAUAUGACAUCUAGUAGUAAAAAUUUAAAUAAUUCAUUAAAUGGUCUUCUCCACUACUCCUUAAUAUAUAUAUAUACUUCUAAAAUACACCCUACAACCAAACAGUCCCUUCUCUCUCUAUCUCUUUUUCUCUCUCACACAAUUGCUGAGCUCACUUUCUUUUGUCUUUCUCUACACUCCUUUUCAAUUAAAAAAAAAAUAAAAAAAAUUGCACCUUUACCAAGAAAGCUUCAAAUGAAGCAUCAAAACUCAUGAUAUUCACAAACAUCUAUGGAGAACAAACAUGAUGAUAAGCUCAAAGCAGCUACCGAAGAAAAUUGCUCCACAUUUUCCGAUCAGAUUCCGACCAGUUUCUCCCCUUUUCCAAGCAUAUUCGAUUGUGAGUCAUCAGAAAUUAAAAACUCUAUCUCAGGCUUCACCGACAUGCUCGAAAUACAAGAUUACAACCCUUCUUUAUUCGAUAUGUUCCAAACACCGCCGCCUCCACCACCACCACCGCCGCCGCCACCGGAAAUGGCGCCAUCUACUUCAGGGCAGUCCACUUCCAUCUCAUCAUCCUCCACAGAGGUCACAAAUGAUACUAAGACCACAUGCGAAGAUCAACACGAACAAGAUGAUGAUGGUGAUCAAGAGAAGAAUAUGAAUAAACAUCAUGAGUUAAAACCCAAGAAGAAGAAUACAAAAAGGCCAAGGCAACCAAGAUUUGCUUUCAUGACUAAAAGCGACGUUGAUCACUUGGAUGAUGGAUAUCGAUGGAGAAAAUAUGGCCAAAAGGCAGUCAAAAACAGCCCUUUUCCAAGGAGUUAUUACCGAUGUACCACGGCAGCAUGUGAAGUGAAGAAGAGAGUGGAGAGAUCUUCACAAGAUUCGUCGAUUGUUGUCACGACAUAUGAGGGAACCCACACACAUCAAUGCCCAUUGACCCCACGGGGCAACAACAGUACUGUGGUUGUGCCGGAAAUGACCACCGGAUUAUGUGGCCCCGGAGUAUUGGCGCCGGCAACUUCCCCCAAUAUUGUCAUUUCACAACCAUAUAAUUAUCAAACCUAUAAUCCCCAUAACUACCAAUUACCCAUAUUGUCCACUCCAUUCGACUUAAGUACUAACUACAUCAAUAACCCUAAUUAUAGUACUACUAGUUCUAAUAGUUCUAUAAAUCCUUAUUUUUCGGAUUUUAUUCAUCAGGACAGACUGUAUUACCCUCCUUUGUCUUCCUCGUCGUCACCAUCGUCGUCAUCGACUUCGGCUUCUAUGGCGGUUAGAGAUAGCGGGCUUCUUCAGGACAUGAUCAUGCCAUCUCAGGGACUCCAGGAGGAGCCCAAAGAUGAUCAUGAGUUAUAACUAGCAUAUUAAGCAUAUUAUAUGUUCUUUUAUCCUAGUUUGGUAUGAAUUUAUGUUGCAUAAUUAAGUUUGAGAAUUUUCUUUUGAUAAAAAUCCCACCUUUAAUUUUCCAUAUUGAGAAAACCCAUUAAUAUUUUCAUGAGACAGGA